ACGUGCAGGACUUGCGCCUCUCCUCGGCCCCUUCGCACGCUGCACUCACCGCCGGCGCCGACAGCAAGACCCAUCUGCCGCUCUUUCUCCUGCACUUCGCCUUACAGAACUGGACAUGAGGCGCAUGGCUUGUCGUAAAUGUCAGGCACGACGUACGGCACAUCACAUCGACCCGCGAAGUGAGUCAAGUGACACACUCUUUCCUGAUGUCUGCAUGUGGGCUCACCGAAGAUAGUGAGCCCACGGUCGUAUAAAUAUUGCGCAGAUAGAUGGGCGCAAUAGGUGUGUGCAGUCGACCCCGCUGCCAUCCUGCCCGCUCAAAAUGGCUGUUGCCAUCGGUUUUCUCGCGUCCGCGGUCUUUGCUGCCCAAGCCAACGCGUUUGGCGGGGAUUUGGCUGUACCUAACACGUACCCAAAUAUCUCGUCGUGUGUGAGCCAGCCCUUCACUUACUCCUGCGAGAACACCACGGCCGUCGCGGACACUUGUUGUUCGCCGACUCCCGGGGGCUUGGUCUUGCAGACGCAGUACUGGGACACGUACACGGGCUUAGAGAGCGAGGGCCAACUGCUCCCAAAGGAUAGCUGGACCAUUCACGGCCUCUGGCCAGACAACUGCGAUGGAUCAUACGAACAGUAUUGUGAUUUUACCAGACAGUACGACCCAGACCCGAGUCCCUCUGUGUUGCCGGAUGGCACUCCCAUACCAGCGUACCGUGGCGUCUCUGUGGAUAAAUUCAUCCUCGAAUUCGCAAGAUUUGAUCUGCUCGACUACAUGGACAAAUACUGGAUCAACCAGGGUGCUCCUAACCAUGAUUUCUGGGCGCACGAGUUUUCUAAACACGCGACGUGCACGUCGACAUUUGACGUAGCCUGCUAUGGACCCGACUACCAGGAACACCAAGACGUCGUGGACUUUUACCUGGCUGUCGUCCGCGCUUUCCAGAAGUUCCCGACUUACCAGAUGCUCGCAGCAGCCGGCAUUGUCCCGUCAAACACUACAACAUACUCGUUAGGCCAGUUGCAGGCCACUUUGAAGGCCCAGACGGGAUCCGUUCCAUAUCUCGGCUGUGGCGGUGUUAACGGUACCAUCUUGGAAGAGGUUUGGUACUUCAACCACGUCCUUGGAGUCGAGCAAUUUGGACAGUUCAAGAGCAUCGAUAGCACCACGACGUCUACCUGCAACACUACCCUGGGUAUCUGGUACUAUGAGCGCACGCCGACCUCUGAGCGUGAUGUUAGGACGUUACCAGGUGGCUUCUUCUGAACAUGACGGCUAUACCGA